AUGCUUUAUUCAUCUCCGUCUCCGCAUCGCGCUUUGAGAACGGCGAGGCAACUAAUGCUUCCUACAAAGAUUCUGAAUCACGGUUUCGAGAUCGUGGAGCAAACAAUUGCGCCACUGAGAACUAAUGACUUCCUGUCGUUGUCGAAUCUGUGCAGGACUCGAGAGCGGUUCUCCAUUUACAAAAAUGCUUUAUUCAUCUCCGUCUCCGCAUCGCGCUUUGAGAACGGCGAGGCAACUAAUGCUUCCUACAAAGAUUCUGAAUCACGGUUUCGAGAUCGUGGACCCAGCUUUUCGGUCUGGAAGUCAGUCUGGAAAAAACAGAAGUCCUUCAUCAAGCUGCUCCCCGAGAUGUCUACCACCCUCCAAGCAUCAACAUCGCCGACUCAACUGAAGACAGUCCAACAAUUUCCUUAUUUAGGAUGCAUAAUAACAUCAGAUGCUAAAAUAGACAAGGAGAUCGACAGCAGAUUGGCCAAAGCAAACAGCUCGUUUGGCAGAUUGUACCAGAGGGUAGGGAAAAACGAAAACUUGACAAAUUCCACCAAAAUCAGCGUGUAUAGAGCAGUUGUGCUAACCACCCUUUUGUAUGGUGCAAAAUCAUGGGUCACCUACCAACACCACCUACGACUCCUCGAGCGAUUCCAUCAGCGCUGCCUCCGUACCAUACUCGAAAUUCACUGGAGCGAUUAUAUCAUAAAUAAAGAGGUCCUCGAAAGAGCAAACACCUGGAGCAUCGAGGCCAUGCUACUAAAAUCACAGCUACGUUGGGCAGGCCAUGUUGCCGGAAUGAAAGACCACCGGCUGCCCCAAAAUAUUCUGUACGGUGAACUCCUCACUGGCCAUCGUGAGAGAGGAGCCCCAAAGAAGCGAUACAAGGAUUGCUUGAAGAAAGCCCGCAGUGUCACUAACAUCGACAAUCGGCAAUGA